AAGCACAGCUUGCGAACACACCUGCCCACGGCCGCGGUUGUCGGCCCUCUUGGAACCUGGAAGAGUUUUCACGAGAUGCUCGACUGCUGCUUGACGCCCUGCCGUUUCAACUGCGACGUUUUCCCCCCAUCCUGAAGGGGGAGCCAAUCGCCGCCCGUUCCCAGAUGUCAGGCACAGGCGUGCCGUCUCCCCGAAAGAUGAAGCUUCUCCAUGGCGCCUGGGACAGGCACACGCAUUGGGUCGAUAGUGCUUGUUCCCCCACUGAUCAACAGUUACCAGCAGGCGGCUAGACUAACGCGGAAUGUGGUGGUUCUGCGACAUUAUGGUGUACACUAUUGUAUAUCUGGGGCGGGGUGUGGGAGAGCACCACAGACGCUCAACAUUGUCACUGCAUUAACUCAAGAGCUCGAGGAUGGACUCCCCAGCCCCCUCUCCUCGAUCGCUCGCGAGCUCAACUCGGGAAUAAGCCUUCGACUCCUCGGAAUUCCCACUAGAUGAUAUUGGCCGCCAUCCCUUUCGUCCCUCUUCGCCAACAUGCAGCCGCCGAGCGCACACAGCAGACACUUGGCGCUCUGGCGCGUCCUGGCGUUCGCUCUUGGGGUUCUUGGGCCGUGACCAGCAAGCAACUGGUUGACGAUGACUCUCCACUGGAUGCCCAGCAAGUGCCUGAAGUCUGGACGGUUCGGUUCCUGAAGUUGGAGGAGACCAGCAGAGAGGUCUUGUCAACAACCAGACGGGCCACUGUCAAUGUGGCAUGGAUGGUGGGACCGAGACAUAGAGAUGCUCGAAAAUACCCGCAACUGCACAACCCAAUUCUCCCGCCAUCCCGCUACCCGUCUUUUCUCUACAGCCCGCAUCAUCGUCUUACGUCGCCCUGCUUUAUACAGAGGCCUCGUGCAGCCAGCUUCCCCGCAAAACAAAUAAUGAAAAAAAAUAGCAGCUGCUGAUUCUGGACUGGCUCAACGAGACAUCGCACGCGCUCCUAUCCUCGUGUCCUGCCGUCUCUGUCUAUUAUCUCUUGGUCGCCUCACAGCUCUGCUUACUCACACUCCUUGUCACACAGCCAUGUACAGGAUUACCUACAUACCUGCAGGUAGAGUGGUGCUCGUAGUUGAGAUGGCACCGAUGGCAGAUCCAGCACACAUGUACAAACUGACUUCUGGGGUCUACACUAACAUAGGUAGGUACGCUAUACGCGGAGGAUGACUCCCGUCGGGAGUUGUUUGAUGGGUGUUCCUCAAAGCCCAAGCUUUGAUCUCAUCGACGUUGAUAUGAUCCUUGACAGCCCCGUCAUCAGGGGUCCCCCACCGCUUGGAGACCCCUUCGUUGGCCAACCAGACGACCCCAAUUCUUGACCAUCGCGCGAGCCCAGGAUUUGUUCUACCUUGGGGACAGUCUUGGCCCUCUUACACAUCCGACAUGCCAGACAGACAGGCAAGGCACACUCUGCGGUUCAGUCAUCGAACCCCAUCACUUGCCUGUUGGCGUUAGAUCAUCGGUGUUGUCAAUCUCUCGGGAUGGGAUGCUGGUCAACGGCGAGUCCGGACUACUACGUACAAUAUUUCUCAAUUGGCUUUGCGGUUACGGUUGGAUAUUUUUUGACGGCAUUUCUUAUCCCCGCCGCGGUUGGCUUUUCUUCAAUCCCUCAUGGUAUCUGCGACAGUUCCUCCGCAAGAGUAGGUAGACUACCACACCACUACCAGCAAGAAGGCUUGCUUCGUCUCGCGUCCGUGUCACACUAGACCGAACCAGCAGCGGCCCCUCCCUGACGUCGCGCCCCUCGACGGUUUUCAGAUCCUCUUCGAACUGUUCUCUUGUUGCCAAACGUAUCCCUACGGCGGGCCCACUGACAGGGCCAUUUUUGCUGCGGGAUCCUGAUAACUCAUCCAAACAUUUCGUGUCGGCGUCCAAUUUUUCUGCCUGUCCCACCUCUGGCUGGGUAUCUGGCGUGCUCGUGCUUGGGACUCCAGCAUCACCCAUCCAAGCGGGCAUCAGCGGGGCCGGCCCCGAGAGACUCCGCGCGAGUUGUGGACUUGAUCGGGCAAGGCUUCUGGGAUUUCUUGGCUGUGGACAGGUGCCGUACUUACCGUACGUACACAUACCGAUAGAUUACCCUAGAGCCACCCCCUCCCCACUCUGGGCUCUCCCCCUUCCUCCCCUCCCCCUUGUUGGUGCUAGAAAGUAUACCUAUGUGAAGGUUACCCACGGCGGAAUUCAAACACUUCACCACCGGAUCACUCCGCUUGUGCUCAAGCCCGUCCAAACUUCCCUCAGUUCGGGCCACGUCCACCAGCUACAGCUUUCUGGCCUUGCCGUUGCCGUUGCCGCGGGCGUGUUCUGUCAGCAAGUGUGUGUGCUCGAGGCUACCUCGACAAGCUCAGACCCGUUCUGUGGCUUACCACGACAUGCGAGCAAGCUGAAGGAUCAUCAUUGAAUAGGGGUAACAGCAUUUCAUCACGGUGGGCAGGCAGGAGGAAGCCAUCCGUUCCUGUAUUGCCGGGCACCAGCAUGACAGAACCCUCUGUGGAAAACAAAACACGUCGCCGAACUCGUCCCUCCUCGCAGGCACCGCAGCCCAACCGGAGGAGCGCCAACAGUCCCCCCGGCAUGUCUGAUGAUGAGUCGGCAGACUUGUCGCAGGAAGAACAUGGCUCCCCCACCGAGAGCCUAAAGUCUGCAGCCCAGGACACCGGCAAGGUAGAUUCCGAGGCCCCUGAAUCCCAAGAUGGCGCUGGCGAUGCCCCGAGCAUGCCCCUGCAGAAGCGUCGCCGGGUCACGCGAGCAUGCGAUGAGUGUCGCAGAAAGAAGAUCAAGUGUGAUGGCAAGCAGCCUUGCACUCAUUGCUCUGUCUACAGCUAUGAGUGCACCUAUGACAAACCCUCUAACCGCCGCAGGAACCCAGCUCCGCAGUAUAUCGAGGCCUUGGAGGCGAGGCUCCAGCGUGCAGAGACGCUCCUUCGCAAGUUUAUGCCAGAUGUCGACCUCAGCGACCCGAAUCUUGACCCGUCAGUCCAACAGGAGUUCCGCAACAGACAAAAUACUAGAGCGCAGGCGGCCAAAGCCAAAUCAGACACGCCGCCAGCCCAGGAGAAAACAGAAAGCCAGGAUGCCCAGAUCAUGUCCAUGAUCGAGUCCAUUGGGCAGCUUGACAUCAACGAAGGCGGAGAAUGGGACUUCCAUGGCAACUCCUCGGGAGCGGUUUUUCUGAGGAGGAUGAAGGAGCAUUUCGAGGGGCUGUUGGGCAACGACUACCGCAUCCCCUUUCUGCCGCGACCAUCUCGCCCGGCCGGCAUGUUCAGCCUCGACUCCCCUCGCUCCAACGCCGGCUCGCCCUGGGAACCCUCAACGGCAUCCAACACGCCAGCUCCUCCCAAUAUCUAUGAUCUUCCGGCCCAGGACAGGGCCCGCACACUUUGUUACUACUCCUUCAACUGUGCAACAUGUCUCUUGCGGGUUGUCCACCAACCUUCGUUUUACGAAAAGUUUGACAAGCUGUAUUCGACACCUCAGGAGGCCUGGGGAAAUGAUGAGCACAGAUUCCUCGGGCUUCUCUAUUCGGUGCUGGCCCUAGGUUGUGUUUACGAUGUCUCGGAUGUUGAGGCUGGAGACGGACCGUCCUCGUACAAGGCGGCUGUUGAACAAGGAAUCAAGUAUUACACAUCCGCUCGGAUGAUCCUACAAGAUGUGGCCGAGUGCCGGGAUAUGGUUUCUUUACAAGGCUUGGUCUACAUGAUUCUUUUCUUACAAGCAACAAGCAAUAUCAGCGGCUGCUAUGCCUUUCUCGGCAUUGCUCUACGUUCUAGCCUGCGAAUGGGGCUCCAUCGCCAUUUAGCACACGAAAAGAUCACGCCGAUUGAGGAUGAAACGAGACGGCGCGUGUUCCAUGUUGUCCGGCAAAUGGACAUCUACAUUUCAGCAAUCUUGGGAUUCCCUCUCUUGCUCCACGACGACGAUGUCGACCAGCCCAUGCCGACCGAGGUGGAUGAUGAAUACAUUACGAGCGAGGCUAUACUUACACCUCCGCCAGGCACGCCUUCCUUUUUCGAAGCUUUCAAUGCCCACACGAGGCUCAUGGCCAUUUUGACAAAGGUUGUCAAGUACAUUUAUCCUGUCAAGGCUGUCGAGGAUUGUGUGAAUCAGGGACGGGUGAACUCGAGAUACAUGAUCAGCUAUGCCCGGAUCAAGGAGAUUGAGGCCGAGCUCCAGGAGUGGCACGAACAGCUCCCUACACAUUGGCGCCCCAGCCCGGAUGGGCCAAUCGAGGUUAUCAGAGUUCGAACUCUGCUGAGAUUUGGCUACGCCCAUGUCCAGAUGAUGCUGUACCGUCCGUUUCUUCACUACAUCUCCCCACGUCAGACGGCCGGCAAGAAGAUUGACGAUCGAUACUACAACUGUGCUGCCGCGGGUGUCAGCGUUUCUCGAAACAUUGUGCAUAUCGGAAUCGAAAUUCGCAAACAGGCGGUGCUGAUCGGGCCUUACUGGUUUAUUCUCUAUUCACAAUUCUUCGCCAUUCUCUCUUUGAUAUACUACGUUCUGGAAAAUCCCGACAAGGCUGGAGCUGCCGAGAUACUAGCAGAUGCCAAAGCCGGGCGGGAGGUUAUCGCGAGUCUGGCUCAACGCAGUCUAGCAGCGGAUCGGAUCACAAAUGCCCUGAAUCCCUUGUUUGAACAACUGCCAGAACGGCUCAAGAAAGCAUCGACACGACCAAUGCCCUCCAAGAAACGCGCAGCGCCUGCGGGAUCGAAAUCGAGCGUGGUCCUUCCAGCCCGGCCAGGAGUGCAAGAUGACGUUCCCCAGCGCAGGUCCGAGGAGGUGAUUCGCCCACCCACUGGCGCCCUUCGGCGGGAAGCACGGCUGCCUCCUCAGAGGACAUCCUCGUUUGACGCAUUGGGUCUUCCGCAGGGCAGCUUGGCGAGUCAAAACUUUUCCAAUCUGCAGGACCUACUGCCAAUGGAUUUGACGUUGGGCCGGGGAACUCCCGAAGCCAGAGCCGCGCAUAUGGCUCCUGCCCCGAGACAUGCCCAAACCUUUCCGCAGGGACACCCGCAAGGCGCAAACCCGGUCUAUAAAGUUGACGCCAUGAUGUUUCCCACCGGCGACCCUUUUGCGUAUCCCAAUGCGCCGCUAAUGGACCCUGCUGGGCACCAUGCUCGACCGGGACAUCCGCACGGGCUUCCAGGGCAACCUCCGGCACCCUCCAUGCAGUUUUACAUGCCUAAUAUCUACGAUGACAUCGAGGGCCAACUGAUGGGUCCGAUCCCACCGUAUCUGAUGUCUCAGGGGCAAGGACCUCCGCAUACGAUGAGCCCGGCGACGCAGAUGUACAACACGGCCAACAUGAUUGCGAUGCAGCCUUCCCCCAGGCAUGGUCAGCCCCAUGCUUCUCCGCAGGGCCUGGCCUCACACGCAGGCCCACAUCACCAGGGGCAGCCUCAACAGAGGGAUAUGAUGGAAGACAUUAUGGGCGAACCGGACUUCACGACAGGGGAGUGGGACGACAUGCUUCAGCAAAAUUCCGGGUACCGAUAG